GGGAAGUUUUGGGGGAAGGGGGGAGGGGGAGAAAAUCACGAGUUUUGGGCGGGGUCGCGGGGCCGCCCAAUCAGAGGCCGAGCUCCCAGAGGGGGGGCGUGGCCUGAGGUGCCACGCCCGGCCCCGCCCCCUCCCCCUCCCCCAGCGCCGCCAUGGCCCCCCCAGGGACCCUCGGCCUCCUCCUCCUCCUGCUGCUGCUGGGAGCGGCCGCCGCCCAGCCAGAAUGUUCCGGCUGCCUCCCGGGGCCGGGGCCAAUCGCGGCGCUCGUGGCCGCUGACGUCAUCCUGACGCUGCUGAUCGCGGGCGGAGCCUAUUGGCUGGCGGGGCGGGGCCGCCCAGGUGGGCGUGGUCAGAGGGGAGGGGUAAAUUUUGGGCGUGGUCAGAGGGGGAUGGGCUUUUUAGUGGGCGUGGCUAAAGAGGGAGGGGUUGUUUGUGGGCGUGGCUUAACAUGGGGGUGCGUUUGUGGGCGUGGUCAAAGGGGAGAGGCCGUUUGUGGGCGUGGUCAGUUGGAAAGGGACUGUUUUUGGGCGUGGCCUAAAGGACUGGUGAUUGGGCGUGGCUAAAGAGGGAGGGGCUAUUUGUGGGCGUGGUCAAGUGGGAGGGGAGUGAUCGCGGGCGUGGCAAAAAGGGAGGGGCAGGUUGUGGGCGUGGCCAAAAGGGGAAGGGCAUUUUCUGGGCGUGGCCCGAGGGGCGGGGCUGAUCACGGGCGUGGUCUAGCGGGAGAAGACAUUUGUGGGCGUGGUCCAGCGGGAAGGGACUGGUUGUGGGCGUGGCCAAAUAGGGUGGGGCCAUGUCUGGGUGUGGCCAAGUGGGAGGAGCUGUUCGUGGGCGUGGCCUAGGGGGUGUGCCGUUUGUGGGCGCGGUCAAACGGAAACGGACGCGAUCUGGGCGUGGCUAAAGGGGAGGGGUCACCUAUGGGCGUGGCCAAACAGCCAGGGCUCUUUGUGGGCGUGGCCAAACGGGACGAGUAGUUUGUGGGCGUGGCCGAGGGAGAGGCCUGGGAGCUCCUGGAGGGCACGGGGGUGACUGGGGGGGCA